CACGAAGUGGGCGUCCCUCCCGGCUUUCCGUAGUGCAUUGCCAUUGCCCUGCAUGCUCAGUGAGUGCCUGGGAGCUGCUAUAAAGGUAAGGCUCACACCCCCAUCUCCUGGCUCAGCAGCAACGUGAUGCCCAUGGGGAAGACCCUGCUCUCCUCUAUGGCAGCCACAAUAUUCAUUAUCCCUUUGUUCCAUUAAGGCUUCCCUUUGACACUCUGGCUGUGGUGGGCUGCCUUUGCUAUGGUGGGCAGACUGCCAGGAUGGCUGAGCUUUAUGGGAAGUGUUGUGUUGUCUACUAAAAAUGGAGUGCCAAAGUUACAUCAUCUCUGAUCUCUGCCCCUUUUCUGUGUGAGAUGCAGAUGAAGGUCAGGUCAGGCCUCUGUAUACACAGACCUGAGCAUCCUGUGUGCUGGAGCAGAGAGCUUGCUUUCAGUUUUAAAUUUUAAUUAGUUUGUAACUUCCAGAGUCAUAGUUAUCUUAGCUAGUACAUAAUAAAUCAUUAUUGCAGAUAUUUUAUUUUAUACAUUCCAAAUUGUAGCAAAAUAAAAUCUGAAAGGUAAAAUUCAGGUUAAAAUUGCUUAUCUGGGGAAAAAAAAAUAUGCAAAACACAGACUAAAAUAUCCAAUCUAUGACAAUAACUUUGGCUUUGAGUUCACUACAAUGCUGUGUGUAGUGAAUAUACUAGUCAAUUACUUUAUAGAGGGCUUACAAACAGACAUUUAGAAUUAGUCUUUUCUUGGCUCAUACCUUCAGUUUUGCAUACAAUUAUGGUAUUUUGUGUACCUACUAAAUAUUUAGACUUUUAAACAACUAUAUUUGGGGGAAAGAAUGUGUGGAUGUUUUAUCAAGCUGAUGUGGAGGAAUUGUAGUACAAGAAUGUAACCCAUUUAUUGAUAUAAUUUAAUUAUAUUGUUUUUGUAAUUGAGGUAUGUGUAUCUGGUCAAUAUAACACUUACAGGGUCGCUUAAUUCCAAAUUUUAGCAAAAUUAUGUUAAAACAGCUAAGCUUUGACUUUGCCAGUCAAAUUUCUUCGAGCUAGAGAAUUUUUCCAGAUUUAUUUUUACCUCAAUUUUGCUACUUGAAAUGAUUCUGUUAAAAUUCAGUGUAGUGAAUAACUGUGUUAUGACCAUGUUGAAAUUCACUUUGAACUUUUUUACUACCGUACUUUUUACCAAAAUGUAACUUCUCUUGCUAUGAUAUCACAGUUCCUUAUUAAAAUCUGUAACCCUGCAAGAGUUCAAUAUUUAAAAAUAGUUUAUUUGCCAUAAGGUUGUGAUAGGGUGUAAAGUAGGGUGUUGAGAGAUCCCCAAGUAUCAUCGUAUAUCCUCGCUAUAUAAAUUGCUAGGUAAUAUAAAUGUUAGACUGCCUCACACCCCCAGAAUGUGUUGGACAAGUCCACAAGGAGUAGGAAAACAGGACUUUUUACGAGCCCAAACAAAGAUGAGGAACAUUGAGUAAGGUAAUAUGAAGGAGGAUUUUAUAAGGCAUAUGGGAAGAGUUUGAAACAGAUAAAGAUCGGUUGGCCAUGCAUUAAUUAUAAUCAUAUGUACUCUGCUUAUUGGGUGUGUAGUUGCAUAAAAUCUGUAAAGAGGCUUGCUUGAAGUUAGAGAAAUGUAGCUUUAACCCUGUAAUGUGGACGUGUAGGUAUUUAAUGGAUGUUUUUGUCCAUUGGAAUAUAAAUACAUUCUGUAGUCAGGUUCUAAUAUGUGUUGGAACUGUAAUAUUCAAAAUGUCACUUUCUUCCAGACUUACUUUAAAGUUAGAGAAGAGGCUGGAUGUGUGCAUCUCUUCCAUUAGUGGGGGAGGUUAGUGAAGUUGAUGGAUUGCUGAUAAAAAUAACAGUAUGCAUUUAUUUAUUCAUUUUUUUUAUUGGGGAUAUAUAUAAAAAUAGAUUUCAAAAGCUGCAGAUCUCUUAUCUGCAGCAUUUGCAAACUCUCCCCUUUUUUACCCAGCACAGACUUUCAGUCUAUACUGUAAAGAUGACCAAUGAGUCUCUGAUUUUGAGGUGCUUGUAUUGGGUUCACGGUGACUUGUGUGAGAAGGCAGGUGCGUUGUAGCAGCGGCCACUUCCGUUAACUCUGUGGAGCUAACAGAGUAUGGAAUAUAAGCUAUUUAUAACAGCGCCAAUUUCAAAUAGAAAUCAUUACUUUUUUAAACUGCAGUUAAGAUGCGCAUAUGCUUGCACAUAAUGUGUGUAGUGUUCCUUUAAUGUUUUUUUAAUAAUGCUGAUUUAACGGGAAGGGGCAGAAUUAGCCUGAUCACUGUGGACCAAUCCUGGUAGUGACAGGCAUAGUUGAUUGGCCAACAUCUUGGUAAUGAGAUUCCUAUCAGUGCUGAUGAGUGAUAUGGGCCUGUAGCUACUACAUGGGGAAGAAUGCUUUGCCAGUUUGAGAAUUAAUGCUAUGACCGCCUCUAACCUAGAAGGAGGGAGAUGAUUAAAUUGUAUAAUGGUGUUAAGGGCUAAUAAAAAGAAGAGGGAUAGCUGAAAAAUAAAAGUUUUAUAGUAUUUUUAUUGUGAAGCUGUCUUGGCCUGGGCUCUUAACGCUGCAUAAUUCAAGUCAUCUCUUGUGAGGUGACUAUGACUGUGCUGUCUUGUCUACAUAGCCCUCCGCAAGCAAUGGAGCCAGGUGCACAAAUAGACACACAUUUGCAUGGCAGAGAGGGAUGAUAUCGGGCCUGGCAAACUCUCAAGGACUGUCAGCAACAAAGUAACUAGACAAUGCAAGUCGAGUUGCGCUAUGGUCUAGACUCCAAAGAUAUACAAUUUGCUGUCUUUGUAAUGCAAUACCUUUUAUUCAUGACCCAUCCAUAUUACAUUCUCUACAAACAGAUCCUCUAAAUCAGAAGUAUAGGCUUCAGAUAUUUCAUAUAGUGCUUUGCAGUAUAUUCAUUACCAACCAAACUGAAGUUUUACAAGUAUUCACACAGUAGCUUUAUAUUUUGUGUAAUUCAUAACCGACAUCUUUAGUGCAGUAUAUAAAUUAAUAUAACAGCUGUGAGUAGAGGUCACAUUACUAUUUGUUAUGAUUUGUAAUGUAUGUAUCACUGUAAUCUCACUUGAUGUAUAUAGUAUUGACAAAAAGCCAGCAGAAGUUUGUGUAAACUCAAAAUACAUCUGUAAAAUGAAUAGGGAAUUGUGCACUGUCAUUUUGAAUAAUUAUUGUUAAAUAGUUUUUGCUCAUUAUGAAAAUCUAGUUUUUUUUGUUUUUUUUCUCUGAUCCAAACUUUUCUUGUAUGUUUUUUAAACCCUGGAAGGUUAGUUCAUGUUGACCUCGAUUCAAUGUCUCACAAUAGUCUCACAUUAACCCCUUAAAGUCAGAUGUAAUUGGCCAAGUUCUGUCCAAACAAAACCUAGAAUUUGCACUACGUGUUUGUUUCACCAUAAUUUAAGGGUUUAUCUUUAAGUGCCACCGUACAUAUGAUAUAUUGAUUUUAAAUCCUCUCUCUUAAUAUCUUACAUGUAUACCUAUCAUAACAUUAAUAAAAUGUUAAAAUUGGGGUAAAACCAAAUUUUAUCACAUUUUUGCAUUAAUGAUGUUUACACAUCCUGUGCAGCUAAAUAAAAAUAACUCAAAAAAGACUAACAUAUCAGUCCUGAUUGUUAAAUACCUAAUAUGUCUAGGAACUAAAGUAAUUUUUGGUAGUUAACACUAACUUUAUUCCAGCCUUCCUCCAUGCUAUACUAACCAUACGUCUAUACUUAACACCAACCCUAAUCCUAAAACUAGCCCUAAACCUACCCCAACAGAAACCCUAAGGAAAGUAGUACUGAUAUUAGCAGAUGGCUUUCCUAGUUAGAACAGUAGAGAGUGGUAUGUUGUCACCAUCUACUGGCUGUUUUCAGUAUUACAGGAAGAAUAGGGACUGUAGUGGGUGCAGGGGUUUGUUAGAGGCUGUAGCGGUUGCCAGGGGCAAUAGAGGCUAUUGUGGUUGCAAAGGCUUUUAGGUGCUUUAGUGGGUACAAGGGAGGAGGAAUUGCUUUAGUGGAUGCAGGGAAGAGAUAGGGUCUGAAGUGGGUAUAGGAGACAUAGAAGCUGUUGUGGGUGGAGGCUGUAAUAGGGCUGGUAGCAUGUGCAGAGGGGGUAGGUGCUGUGGUGGGUGUAUGGGAAUAUAGGCUGUAGUUUGUGCAGAGGGCAAUAGAUACUAUAGUGGGAGCGGGGGGAUAGGGGCUGUAGUGGGUGCAGAGGGAAUAGCGGCUAUAAUUUGUACAGGGGGAAAGUAGGGACGGUAGUUGGUAUAGGGGGUAAUAGUGGCUGUGGUGGGUGCAGGGGGUAAUAUGGGGCUUUAAUGGGUACUUUAGUAGAUAAAACAGAAUGGGAGGAUAGGGGCAGUAGUUGGAGGUAGGAGCCGUAAUGGGGAAUGGGGCAGACGGGUGAUAGGGGAAAGUAUAUUUCUAAACAUAUUUUAAUAAAAAUAAAUUUAAAAAAACAUUUAUUCCCCUUCCUUGUGCCUAAUCUUUGGUGAGGGAGGCAAGUAUCCUUAUCUCUGGUGGUCCGGUGGGAAAAUAUGUUUAUCUGUAACCCUGGUAUGGGCAGACGGCUCCUUCCAGCUGGUGCUGGGAAAUGUAUCAGUGUUGCCAUGGUAAUGCACAGCCACACUCUGAUACAGUAGAAGAAGGAAGACCACGUUCUUCCUCCUCCCACUUGACAUUCGGGUGGCCUGGCUGUUGAGGGAGAUCUUUCAUUUCACUACAGUCCAUGGACGUUCGGGGUGUGGAGGAGCAGAGAGUGGGACAAGGCAAAAUCUGUAGCAACACAUGUUAUCUGUUAAGACACUGGGGGUUUCACUUCAUCAAACUGCAGCUCAUGGCAUAACAGCCUAUGGGAAUGUAAAUGUCAAUUUAAAGAGCUGUAUGCAGCACUCACAUUGAGCAAUGCAUACAGCUCCUUUGUCAGUCUGGAGCCACUAGAGUAGUAAGUAGACACCUGGGUCAUCCUGUUCACAGCAAAACCGGAGGAUGUCCCGUGCCGUCCUAAUGGUUUUAAAGCCCACUUUGUGGAGGACAGCAUGGAAAGUCCUAACAUUGUGAGGGGGGUUAAGCCAGUCAUUGCUGGUUUGUGUAAGACUUGCUGUCCAGGUUACUUCUCUAGUUGCCAGUAAUCCCAUGGCAAAUCAAUGAAAACCUCUGAAAAGCUUAUGGGAGAUAGGUUAAAAGGGGUACAUGGAUACAGAAUUAUUGCAUGCUGCACACACUGCAUACAGAAUCUACUGAUUUUGUGGACUUUGCAUCCUCUUCACUAAGCCCAGAAUUUGCCUGUCUCUCACACCCAUUAAAAUUUCCAAUUGCUUAACAUAAACCCCUGGACUGAUCAGUGCACCAAAUAUGUCCUAUUGUGCCAUUGGACAGAUUAGACAAAUUCCCAGGUUACUCUAGGAUGAUGUCAGGGCACUCUUUGCACUGUAACCACUACAGCAUGCUGUGGGACUAUGGUGUUUGGAGUGGUCCUUUAAUAAUUGCAAGGAAAUAACCUUAGAUAAGAUUACUUCACAGUAGAUUUCAGUAUGUAAUUAGAUAUUGUCUGUGAAGUAAUAGAGAAAUGGCCUUCAGAGUUCUAAACAAAUUGGACACCAUCCUAAUGACCAAUCCCAGACUAAUUCUAGACCAGUUGAAGUUUCCUUCUAAAAUUAGAUGCCUACUAUGAUGUUUUCGAGCUUACGUUUUGCGCUAAUGUACCUGGUCUUGAAGAUAAUUAUAUGGAUUCACUAAGGUUAUAAUUUGACUAUCAAUUGUACAGAUAUUCAGUAGAUAGUGCAGAGUGUCCUUUUUGUUUUGAGGUGUUCCUCACUGUACUGUCUGGUGUUAUUUACAGGGAAGCCCUGCAAGAUGAAGCUUACUGGAAACUAGAAGACUUACUCUACACAUGCAUGAACAUGAGGCCCAGCCAGGUAAUGCUUGGCACUGUCUCCUUUACACUUGGUGACCUAAUUGUGUCAACAACGCUGUACAUGUACAGCAAUAAAAAGGAAAGCAUAGUUCAAGACAUGAUGCAAUUUAAUAUUUUUCAAUCCAUGGUGGACGUUUGGGCAACUUCAUUGCUGAGAACCUGCAUAUGCCUAGGUGCUGUGAUUGGUGUUGCAAAAAACAGGACACACGGUCCUCAGAGGCUUAAAGCAUCCCUAACCCCUAUGACCUUAGUUUGCUACCUCAUUGCUACCUAUGCUAUGAUAAAGUUGCUGUUGUACUCCGAGGAGGAGAAACCUGUGCGGGAUCCUUGGUUCUGGAGUCUAUUUGCCUGGACCUGGAUAUCCUCAGCUCUUACUCUCUGUGCUUGGAGCCAGCUGGGACAUGUUUCUCCUUGCAUAGAAGAACCCAGGUCAUAUUCUGUGCUGUCUGGGGAACAAGGAGAGGCACUGGGUUGCAACAGGAAAGAGGACGUCAAAAGGGAGUUUUCAGGGGCCACUGUAGGAAGGCUGCUUUCUUAUUGCAAGCAGGAUUCAUUAUACCUUGUUGCAGCUUUUCUCUUCCUUAUUCUAUGCACUCUAGGUAAGUAUAAUGCAUGGUGUACCAUUACUGAAAGCUGGACUAAUUAGUUGUAAAAACUCACAUGUACUAAUAUAUAUGCAUUAUUGAGUUAUGAAAUAUUGCUUUUAUGUUUAUACUAUGUUCAUGACAGACUAUGAGUUGUUGAAAAGUUUAAAUUAGUUGUACAGAAGUGCCUUUUAAAGUUGCAUUAUUUGCUAACAAGUAGAUUUUGUUUAGCCAACCACCAUGACCACGUCAGUGAUUUGAAGGGGUCAUGGUGGUAGGAGUCAGUAUGCGCAGUGUUUCUGCUUGAAACUUUGCACAUACUGAGAUAUUGUUAAUUGUGUGCUGGAGGCUACUUGCAAAUCCAGAACACGUGACUUAGGCAGCCCAGAACUCUGUUACGGGCUGCCUAAUAUCAAUUCUGUGCAUAAAUUACUCCUGUUGUUAGUGCGCACUGCACUCUGACAACAGGCGUGAAAAUGUUAUUACCGCAGGCAGAGUGCCUUCAAGGGGAAGCUAGCUCUACUCUCCAACCCUACCACAUUGCGCUCCUUCCUGUCUCCCUCGAGCACUUUGCUCUAUAAAAAGAACAAAAAACACCGUUCACACAAUUUAAAUUGCCCUUGUGCGGGCCUUAGUUAAGAAUUCAAGUUUGUCACCUAAUUGAAUAAAUGAAUUGUAUUGCAAAUUAAUGUUGCAAUGGCAUUAGCUGGGUAGGUUUAUUCAUUUGGACAAGGAGAUUGCCCAUUUUGAGUCAAAGUUGCUAAAAUUUAAUAAUUCUGCAAUCACCUAUUUUUCUAUCAAAACGAUUUAGCCCCCAGGUUUAGUGAAUAGUCUCCACUGGCUUUCAUGCAAUAUGCAAUGGAUGUUAAUGAUCUGCCCUAAAAUAAAACACAAUUUAUAGUGCUUCUCUGCUAUGAGAUUUCAUUUUAGUUUGAAUAUCUUUCCACUUUACUAUGGUAUGUCUUUCACAUUGUAUGUGCAACUCCUUGCUCCACUAAAUUAAACCACACACAAUGACAUAUGCUGAAAGAGAUUACAUGAUAGUCCAAAUAUCCAUCUUGGUUACUUUAGCCAGACCCUGACUUAUACAAAGUAUGUAAAUAUCGUGCAAAAAACCUAUAGCUAGUUAAUAGUGGCUAGUACAAACGGUCUUACAGUUUACAGUGUGGCCUUCCUCUCCACAGGGGAAAUAUUCAGUCCAUAUUACACAGGGCUGGUGAUAGAUGGCAUUGUUGUCCAGAGAAGUCUGAAGAAGUUUUCCGGUGCAGUCGUCAUUCUUGCAGUUUUGGCUGUUGGGAGGUAACAAAACAAUGUACGGUGGUACCUCGGUUUAGAAAAGCCUUGGUUAGCAUAAUUUUCGGUUUACAAAUGAAAAUCCAUUGAAAAUAAUGCAUCGGUUUACAAUUUUUUUUCGCAAUACGAACCAAGUUUCCCCAGGAUGCAUUGCGCCUGGGAGGUUUAUAGCGCCACCCCGUGCAUGCUGGAGUCUGUGGGUAGCACGUGGCGUUGAGUGUGAAGGUGUUGGAGCGGUUUUUGCAUCGUGUUUUGGAGCAAUUCUGGAACUUUUUGGGUGCAUUUCUCAAGUGGUGGAAAGGUAGGUAGCUGAGCUUCAUCGUUUGCAUGCCUUUUACUAUGUGUUCGGCAUUGUGAAUUUACCUCCGGAACGGAUUAAUUGGUUUUUAAUGCAUUCCUAUGGGAAACCACGUUUCGGCUUACACAUUUUUCGCAAUAAACAUAUAUAUAAAGUGCGCUGUAUCUUUAAAUUGUUGUUUUUGUCUAGUUAUGUGUUUAUUUUUUAGCUUUAACACAUUAUAAGGUGCAGCUACUAUUAUUAUUUCUUAUAUUUCUUAAAUUUAAUUUAUAGAAUUUUUAGCACCAUACUUUUACUUGUUUUUUCUUUUACAUUUUUCGCAAUACAAAACAUCCCGGAGAACGCAUUAAUUUCGUAAACCGAGGUACCACUGUAUUUGUAUAUAUGUAUGUAUGUCUGUGAUAAAUACACUAUAUAUAAAAUCCACAUCUCUCAAGUACAGGUUCUUCCUAUAGAUUUCAAACGUAAACCUCAUAGAUCCAUAUCAGCCCUAAACAGCCUCUGAGAUGGUUUAUAUAGUAGCAUCCAGUAGACUUAUGCAGCAAUUAAUUCUGGCCGGUUCUGAUUCAAGUUUCUUCUAAUCCACCCCCUAACAAAUCGAUCUGUCUGAAAUUUACCUGUGUAGUCUCAUUCACUGAAUAAGCCUAUUAUCUCAAUUAUUAAUUAAAUAACUUUAUUGUAUCCUCUAUUGAAUUCUGGAUCCUAAUAAUCUAUGUGCUAAAUGGACUUAACAGUGUGGUAACACCAUCUAUUUGUUAUUAAUUCCAUACAUCUACCCUUCUUGUAGAAGAUUAUAACUAUACCUAUCUUCACCAUGAUUUAUAUUAGUCCAGGCAUUAUAAUAUUAAGUAUGGUGAUAGAUCAGUAGACCAUUAAGGAUGAUAUAGCCAUCAUGUUUAACUUUGGUAUAUAUAGAACGGGACAGGUCACGAUGAGGAAGGAAACACAUUUAAUUCUGCAGAAGGAGUAGGAAGAAAAUACUUAGAUUUUGUUUUGUUAAUUUCUCCCUUUAUCAGUUCUUUUUCUGCUGGUGUGCGAGGUGGACUGUUUACGGUCACAUUUGCCAGGUUGAAUGUAAGAAUCCGUAACCUCCUCUUCCGCUCACUGGUGUCUCAAGAAAUCAGCUUUUUUGAUGAGAAUCACACAGGUUAGUAUCUUGUAACCAUGACAUUGAACCCAGCCCUCUGAAUAUCAUUAGUCAUAUGCUGUUAGUUAAUGUAAGACAUGAUAUCAUGAGUGGAAGGAAGACCAACAAUCCAAAUGGCAUCAAAUGUCUCGCAGCUCAGCAGCUGUUAUACCACAAUAGAAACUCUAAUCAGCUUAGUCCAGGACACACUGGUUAGUUACUGGUGCAUUUAGCAAGAUGAAACCUCUACAAUGCAUUAAGAACUACUACUGUGCUAAAAUGAUUAUACAUCUUACGCAACCCGAUCUGGCUUUGAUUAAAUUUAAACAAACCUACAGCGUUCAUCACUAAAGUGAGAAUUCAACUUAACACCCAUAAAGCUUUAUGGGUAGGAGUAUCCCAUAAUAAUGACAUCUUAUAAAAGUGCCAAUUUCUACUAGAAAUCAGCUCCUUUAUAAAUAAUGAAUAAAAUAAUCAAACUGCCAGGGGGCUUUCUUCCUGCUGCCGUUAGCUUCGUUGAGCUAACAGAAGUGGCAGGCAUGCUUUACUUGAGUGUGCCUGAUUCACCCCCUCCAUAGCUCAGAUCAGAGUUCAGACCAGCGUUUACAGACCUCAAAUCGGUAUGCUGCGUGUGCGUACGCGCAUGUGUGUGCAUGCAUGGAGGGAGACCUUCAGAUGCUUCUCAGUGACAAGCCUCUGAUAGGCUAUUUCCCCGUGAAGAGACUGUUUUGAGGAAAAAGGGGGAAGACUUGCAAAGGCUGUAGCUCAUAAGAACUGCAACUUUUGCAAACUGUUUUAAGAUACAAAAUAAGAUUACUUCUAAAGUGGAGCGCCUAGGGGGGACAGAGGUAGAGAGAGACAAAAAUCUCUAGUAAAUAUAUUAAAUUUACACUGUAUUGUAUUUUAGUACUUUUAAGCACUGCUUUUUCCAGCCACUAGUGUUUUAGGACGCCGCUGGCAGUACUAUUGGUCCUUGUCGUCUUUUGAGCACGGUAAUUUAGAGGGACACGGCUAAUGUCAUUUUUCUUUGUUUUAAGAUAUACCCCAAUAAAUACAUGCAUGUAUGUUUUCAUUCAGCGUAUCUACUAAACAGUGAUUUGUAUUUUAUUUUACAUUUGGGCUGUGAAGUAUUCAUUUAAGGCCAGAGUCACUGGAGUGGAAUCAUAGCUGACAAAGAGAAUUAGAGAACUUCUAGUUUUUACCUAUUUUGGCCUUACAUUUAAAAUUCACUUUGAAUCCUCACUUUAGUGAAUACUCAUGCUAAUGUUUCCUUAUGUUUAUCCAGUUUAGCUAUUUUGGCUUAACAUUUUUAUUUACUGUUUUAUAAAUUGCUAGCAGUAGCUGCCUUAUAUUUGGCCACUAGGCGGUGCUAGAGCGUUAUGCGUCCUAUAACAAACCUUUAACUGAUCAAAUCAGGAGGGUAUAGAUAACCGUUUGAAUAUUGCUUAUGUCUAUGUCUUCUUUCAUUAUUGGAUAUGUUAGAUGCGCUAAUGAUUAAGACACUGUUUAAUAAACAUAUGUGCCUUUUUAAUAAAUGAAUGGUAUCGCGGAAAUUGUUGUAGCUGCCUAGCAUUGAACACAAAUGAUAUCAAAAUAGUUAAUUAAAUACUGAUGCCAACAUUUGUCACUGUAGAUGAUUGUAAACUACAUUUCACACAGUGAACAACUUACUUUCUUUUUUUUAAUUACAGUAUAUACUCGAGUAUAAGUCUAGUUUUUCAGCACAUUUUUUGUGCUUAAAAACCCCCACUCAACUUAUACUCGAGUCACUGUCUGUAUUAUGGCAGAGUGUGUGUAUAUAAUGCAGAGUCUGUGUUUAUAUGAGUGUGUGUGUGUGUAUAUAAUGCAGAAUGUGUGUAUGAGUGUGUGUGUAUAUAAUGCAGUGUGUGUGUUUGUAUGAGUGUGUGUGUAUAUAAUUAUAAAAAUCACAGAAUUUCAUAGCCCCAAGUUUUACCCUCGACUUAUCCACGAGGCAUAGCAUAUUUCACAAUUGUUGGUCACAAAACUGCACUCGACUUAUACAUGAGAUCGACUUAUACACGAGUAUAUACGGUAGUUAUUUUUGCAAUAGCGAAUCUCUUUGUUAUAUACCUAAAUUUUGAAACGCCAAAGUAGCUGCUCAAUAACACAUUAAUGCAGAAACAAACAAAGAGCAAAUGCUUUCAGGUCCUCCUGCCAAAGAUUCUGUUUGGAAUCAAUUUAGGAAAUAUGACAAUAAUUUCUUGACUGUAUUUAAUAUAUUUUCUGUCUAUUCGUAGGUGACAUAAUUUCUCGGUUAACCUCAGACACGACCAUUGUUAGUGAUGUGGUUUCUGAAAAUGUCAAUGUCUUCUUGCGCAGUUCGGUGAAAGCCUUGGGAGUAAUUGCAUUUAUGUUUAGCCUUUCGUGGCAGCUCUCCGUGUUGACCUUCAUGGGAUUCCCCAUCAUAAUGUUGGUGUCCAGGGUGUAUGGAAAAUAUUACAAGGUACAAGGCUCCACUUGUCUUUUCUCGUAUUAAAGUCACAUUCACUUUCCCAGUUUGUCGAGUUUGUGCCAAAAUAUACACAAAUGAAAGAUAAUUAUUUCACCCUGUAAGAUAAUCAAUUCCAAAUGUGCUGCUUGUCGGAUCUUAGCUUUUAACCUUUCCCUUCUCUGAAAAUCAUAGUCUAUAUAAUACACAGUAAUGCAUAUUAUUCAUAUAUUCCUGUUCAUAUAAUAACAUUCUUAUUCUACAGCUAAACACAAGCAGAUAAUCAACAAUUCAACCUAAAGUGUUUUUAUUACUUGUGAACAGCAACUUGCAUGCACUGCUUCUCUUUGUCUCAUGAUCAUGUGACCCCUGUGCUCUUGUUAUUUUUAGGACAGGUUACCUUGACACUUUAAAUAAUUGUGCAGGUUUUGAAACUGAUACUACUGUAGUAUAGUCACUAUCCGGCCUCUUUUAUUUCUUUGAAAACUCACCUGUCAAAGUGCUCUCACACCUACUAUAGAAUUGACCCAUCCUGCUAAUUGACAUUUAACCUCAAAUGACUCACGUUGCAGCUGUACUUGUACGUUUGAUUUAGUUACUAUUAUUUUUUUUUUAAACAUUUUUUUUUUAUUCUUUAUUUUUGCAGUGCAAUUAUAACUUCACAGGUUUAUAUUUAUAAAGACAUAGUAACAUAAGUAGAGGAUGACAAUAUGACAAUAUAGUUACAGGAUUGUUGCACUCUUUUUUUUGUUUUUAUUUUUUUAAAACAUGCUUAAUGAACAAGGUAAACAUCAUGUCCUAGAGCAUGAGGGUCAUAAGACCAGAUGCUAGUAAAGACAGUGAGAUGCCACGGACAGAAAGAAAGAAAAUGUGCAAAGGAAUAGAACCUCUGGAGCUAGAAACAACAUGGCGUCAAAUGAACUAUAGCGAGAUGCAUAACUCUGAAAACAAAUAUAAUAAAGUAAAAUAACAGCUAUGCUGACUGAGUAUUGAGUAAGACUAGGCAAGAGUCUGGGGAGUUAGUUCAUCCGAUUCCCAUAAGGGGCACAACUGCAUCCCCUCCAGGGAGGACUUCGCGCCUGGACAAGGAGCCUCUCCAGCCCCAGGCCAUUAUGAGGGCCGGUGUCUGGGUGCCGCAGACUUGAAGUAUUCUUGUGUCCAAGCCUUUCCCCCUAUGUGAAAGGUCGGAAGUCUUAGAUGGUUGUCUCUGCAUUCUGCGGGAAGGUUUCCGCCUGUGUGGGCGAUGCAGGAAUGCUAUGCCUCGGGUGAUUUUUAGCCUAGUUAACUAGUCAACCUGUCCAAAGGAGGGGGUAGGAAUGCAGUGGGUCCGAACUGUUAGCAGUACAGCGAGGAAAGCGGCCACCUCUCCCUAGCUCCACUUUCAGCAGGCCACAGCAGGCUCGUCCGGGCACCUGGGUAGGUAAGACUUUAGGAAAGUUCUCCAACUGCUAACUUGGGAGCCGCUGUCCUGAUAGCUUGAAAGCGUGUUAGCCAAGAUUGGAACCUCGAUUACUGCCAAAAAUGCAGGAUUUUAAGUGCCACACAUCUGCACAGCAUAGAGGUCAGGCCCGCCCCCAGUUACUAUUUUUAUUAUGUGCUAUUUUCAAUUAUAUUGCCCACUACCUCUAUAUAUUUUUGUGUAAAAAAAUGUUUGCAGAAUAUAUUGAGUAUAAUUCCUUGUGUAGAAACUACAAAUACUGUACAAAGUAAUAAAUUAUUUUCACAAGUACAGUGAGAGGACAUUGGAUAAACUGGCAUUUAGAAAGUAAUAGAACAAUAUUAGUGGGAGCUAACAUAUAUUAAUAUAUAAAGUAUUGAUGCCGUAGCAGGAUUUUCCACUGUAUAAAUGUGGAGUUAUUACCCCUAUCUAGUAAUGCUGGUAUAAUCCUCUGAAUGCCUAUGCAGUAUUCUAUAAUGUACUCACAAGUACAUGGGUGUAUAAAUGUCAGUAUUCAUUCAUGUGACUAGUACCUGUUUCGUUUCACAAUUUCCUGUUGUUCGUCAUGUUCUAAAGUUAGUUACAGCAUUAACACAUGUAAUCCGAGAACCAGGCAACCACACCUUGGAGUUAAGUUUCCUACCCUACAUAAACAGGUCUCGUUUCCAAAAGGAUCUGCUUGUCUGUUGUUUCUGUAGGACUGCUGUUGUCUUUAGCAUUAAUUAGUAAGUGUAGGAUCAUCAGGAUUAAUUACAUAGUAUUUUAUCACAUACCUACAGUGCACACAUCUCUCAAAGAGGAUAGGUAAAUAUUAAUUAUAAGGCAACAUGAUAGAUGCAGUUGAAGAUGAAGCAUGUUAAGCUGGUCUGUAUUUCCUGACGCUAGUAAGGUAACAUAGGCUUACUUGGCUGAUAGUGCCAAUGGGGUUGAUAAAGAUCAUAUGACUUUGCUAUUGGAACCUGAAAACUGGAUUUCCAUUGGUUGGUGUGGUUAGAGCACACUAGUUCUUUCCAAUGCCCUAAAUCAUGUACAUAGUGUUAUCUAAAUGACUAUUCUUCAAGAGUCUUAUUAUAAAAUGUGAUGUAAUAAUUCUACUUUGUAGAGAGACCAACUAAAAUGUCACUGGACCAUCCUUGUUUCCAGACACAGGGGCUAAGUUCCACUCCUCUAGUACAUUUGUUAAACUUCCAAGUGAAAAGACUGCAUCGUAUUGUAUUGACCUUUGCCCAAGAUCAGGUUGAAAGUUUGUGGAAAAUUGUACAUGUGGAAAUAUGCUGUUAAACUGAUAGCAGUAUUUCCAUUUGAACUUUUUUUUAUUUUUAUUGAAGGAAAGCAAAAAAAAAAACCAAAAGAACAAAAAGGGGAUAAAUAAAUAAAGUCUGCAUUUAGAUAAUCAAAUAGGACCUCAAUAUGGGACUUGCAGGGCCCAAUGGAAAAUUGUUUCAGUCGUGAUGAGACACGCAGGUCUCAAUAAUUACAAAUGUUUCAUAGAGUAUACAUAACACAAUUUAGAAGCUGUACUGGGGGUCAUAUAGAUAGCUAUCAUAUUGUUUCAAACAAGCACAGCUGGUCAUCCAGCUAGUGAUUAAGUGUCUUAUAAGAGAAAUAGGGUAAAACAUACCAAAGAGGUAAGGUGGGGGGGGAUAAGACAAAACAGAGAAAGGGGUGGAUCUUGCUAUCACGCGGUAAUAUUCAGCAAUUAAUUAAUCUUGGACUGCAGAUGUUAGCGUGAAAGUUAUCAAAAAAUUCUUAAGAGUUAGCAAGAAUUGUCUAAAAAUCAGUUGACUCUAUAGCGGUCAGCCACCGGACCCAGAUUGCAGUGUAUGUUUGGACACGGCCAUUCGAGCUAAAGAUAAGCUCCUCCAUCACCCUGAAGUUCUCCAUUCUUGAAAACCAAAGUUGCAUAGAUGGUGGGUCAGUUCUAUGCCAGAAUAAUGCAAUCACAUGCUUGACCACCAUUUUAACUUUUUGUAAGCAUUUCCACAUAUGAUGUAUAUCUUUAAUAUGAUCUCUGUAGGUUCAGCUAGUUGUGUAUAACUUUACUUCUCUGUAGCUUCUGGAAUUAUUAGGCAACCUGCCAACUUCCAGCUUUUAUUAAGCUACAACUCCGUUUAUCACCAGGUAUCUGAGUGAGAAUGGCGUUUGUAGUCCUAGAACAACUGGGGCAGCAGAUAAUUCUAUAAUGGCAAAAGCAAAAUACUGUAUUUGAGAUUCCUAUCGUGUUUCCCACAGAAACUCUCAAAAGAAGUUCAGACUGCCUUAGCACAGGCCAACAGUACAGCCGAGGAAACCAUUUCAUCAAUGAAAACUGUGCGCAGUUUUGCCAAUGAGAAUAGUGAAGCCAAUGUCUACCAAGAAAAAUUGCAACAAGUCUACACGCUGUACAUUAAGGAAGCCAUCGCUUACACCUACUAUGUCUGGUCUACUGGAGUAUGUAUGAGUUUUACUGACUCACCGCUUAUGUUUUAUUAGCCAAUCUUAAUAAAUAAUCCUGUAUGUUAUAUACAUCAAAUAAGAGUAUAAUAAGUAGUAGGAGGUCAGACAAAAAAAUCUGAACUAGAAUAAAGGACGUCCUCUGAAAACUGUCCAUUAAUAUAAGUUGUUGUAUUAAUGGACCUGUUCUGCACACUGAGAUUAUAUUGAAGUGGGAACAAAGGAAUUUGUACCCUUCAUAGCUUUAUUGAGGCCAGGCAAUCUCAGUGCCCAGAAGAAGACUUGCAUAUCUGCAAGAUUGUGUUCUAUUACAUUCCCUACUGGUCUUCAGCAUCAUGAGAUCUGAGAUGUUGAGUAACCAGACUUUGACCCAUGCUCUGUAUACUCUUAAAUGUAACUCUGAAUAGAUUAGGGUUUAUAUUGAAAAAUAUAUUCCAUAUACGCACGACUGGCCCCCACUGUGCGCCCCGCGCGCCCCUCUCCCCUCCCCUCCUAUUGACAGACGAGACAUGGAAGGACUGGACUUCAAUCCUCCCCAGACGCAAAAAGGACACCGACGGCGACACGGGGUGGGGGGUCUGCAAACAACGGCUCACGACUGGGGAGGCAUGAGACGCUUGUCAAGACCGCUGCUUCCUCUCCUCCGACAAAGUUGACAUGUUUGGUAUGAUUUUAUAUUGCAUGCAAGCAAGGUUACGCUAUAAUGUUAAAAUGUUUUAUUGGGAAAGUGGGUGGCUGCGGGCGGGAUGCACUUCACUAGGGCUGUGGGUGGCGGGCGGACACACACGACACUCAGCCCAUCAAUAUGCCACACGCCACGACACCAGGCACCAUAGCUUAUGCUACACCCCAGCACCAUCCCCCACUCGCGGUCCAACGGGCCGAAGGCGGCAACAUCAUCCCUAUUGGAGACCCACUGCCCCCACCCCGCACGAUAGGUCAGGGGGAGAUGGCCAAAGACUAGGCCCCACACGGGCGGGCACAAUACACACAUACCUGCGCCUGGGGGGCGACCCACGGACAGGCCCAGAUAUGGAGGCCGCAGGGCACCUCCUUCCCAACGGGACAGGUGGAGGCACACGGGCUGCGCGGACCUGGCCCUCGGGCCCGGACGUGCGGGAGCCCCCUCGGGCACACAUCAACCACAACACCAUUCCAAGCUUACGGAGAGCCGCCCCCCGCACAGGCGGGGCCGAGACAACAGAACCCCCUUGGCCCAGACCGACCUCGCACACACAAAUGGGACCCCCGGGACCCCGCUCCCCCCCCUCCCCUUCCGUCCCCCGCGCCCCCCCCGGCUCAGAUCAAAUUGCGAAUUCGCAGGCAGGUCGCGGACGUACUCUGUCACUUCUGCAGACACCUCCCCCACUGGCCUCGGCCACCCUGGAUCUUGCCAAAAGAGCCCCAGGACAACACACCGAGACCCCCGCCACUUCCACGACUGGCCAGGUUGAUAAGUCCAGUCUUCAACCACCCAACUCCCUUUGAGACCCUCAGACGGGCCCACGCAGGCAGGGCCCCCAUACCACCCCUAACCUUACCCCCCCACCCCUCUUCCCACUCCCCACCUUCCCCCUCUCUGCCCUAUCUAGGCAGCACGAACCCGGAUACCGGGCGACGGUACACAGCUAUCCCCCACCUUUCAGCCUCCUAUAAGCACCAUUAAGCACUACAAAUGGCGCACCGGAAAACCCACAUUAGUAUCACCUCUCUUAAUGUCAAAGGACUCAACUCGCCUGGGAAAAGACAUGGGAUACUCCGUUGGGCUAACCGCACAGGGGCGGAUAUCAUACUGCUCCAAGAAACCCAUUUCACAGAUCAGAAGCAGUUCCCGCUAGUUAACAGACACUUCAAACGCAGCUACCUAGCCAACUCACAGGAGCCCAAAAAGAAGGGAGUAGCCAUCCUGCUACGCAACACAUGCCCACUAACGGACAUACAAACCCACAAGGAUUCCUCAGGCCGUUUUAUUUUCCUCACAGGCUACGCGGGGAACCUCCCCCUUACGAUAUGCUCUUUAUACGCCCCAUCCGUUCCAGACACCACAUUCUGGCACACAUUCCAAACCCAUCUAGCCGGCCUACCAGCCAAACAUCUAAUCAUAGGAGGUGAUCUCAACGCAACUUACACCCCCACUCUGGACCGUCGCGCACACACAGGCACCGCACCAGCCCCGACUAGGAACGACCAAUUGUACGCCGACUUUCUAUCUACGACCUCCCUACUGGAUGUCUGGAGGAGCCAGCACCCGUCGUCUCGCGACUUCACCUUUUACUCCCAUACCCACAAAUCUUACUCCCGUAUUGACGGCUUCUUGGUCUCGCCAGUGGUGCUGCCGUGGUCCAUCCACUCCCACAUUGGAAACAUAGCAUGGUCUGACCACGCGGAAAUCUCGCUUACAGUAAGUAUCCCACUCGGAGCACGCCCAUGGCAAUGGAGGCUGAACCCCUGGAUCCUAAAAGACAAAGCCACGAUUCACACUAUGGAGGAACACCUCAAAACCUAUUUCGAUCUCAACGACACCGAAGACACAACCCCACCCAUGGUGUGGGCAGCCCACAAAGCUACCAUUAGAGGUACCCUCAUAUCAUUAGCCACGGCCCUCAAAAGACAACGCCUCUCGAAACUCACAAAGGCCUUGACCACCCUCGACAAGCUCGAAUCCCUACACAAACAGAACCCCUCCGAACACCUACUCUCGCAACUCAAAUCUACGAGGGAACAGAUCAGCCAACUUUCGGCGGCGGACGUCGCACGGAACCUAAUGUGGUCCAAACAGCGCUUUUAUGAGAAGGGAAAUAAGGCCGAUUCACUACUAGCACGCUGCCUCCGGAAAAAGCAGGACCAAAAAAAGAUCUCCAAAAUCAAAACCCAAAACGGAGAGCUAUCAACGGACCCCGAAAUCAUAGCCCGCGAAUUCCUAAAAUAUUACUCCGACCUAUAUAACCACAACACCAUGACACCAACAGGAGAAACGGCGCACACGGACACCAUAUUUUCCUUCUUGAAACCCCUCAACCUUCCCACCCUCUCUACACAGGAGCAAAACAGAUUAGAAGCACCCGUGGAGGUGGAAGAGAUCGCCGCGGUCCUCAAGACGCUGAAACCCAGGAAAAGCCCAGGACCCAACGGCUUUACAGCCAUCUACUAUAAGACAUUCCAAACGAUCCUUAUACCACAAUUAUGCAAAGUCUUCAACGCAACGCUGGAAGGCCACCCACUCCCCCCGGACAUGCUGGCGGCUGAUAUCUGCCUUCUACCCAAACCUGGGAAAGAACACCUAGACCCAGGGCACUAUCGCCCAAUUUCCCUAUUAAACAUCGACUUGAAAAUACUCACGAAAGUACUGGCCAAACGCCUUAAUCCGUACCUUCCCACACUGAUUCACCCAGAUCAGGUCGGAUUUAUCCCCACGCGGCAGGCGGCGGAUAACACCAGAAGAGCCUUCGAUACGAUCUGGUACACCAAACAUCGCAACAUCCCGUCAGUGGUGCUCUCGUUGGAUGCGGAGAAGGCGUUCGAUCGCCUUCUCUGGCCAUUCAUGUACGGAGUACUCACACAUCUACAAUUUCCGCAAGGCUUCUUGAACAUCUUGCGGGCGGUCUACAAUCGUCCCACGGGAACUCUUCUACUCCCGCACGUCAAUGCCCAAACCUUCACCAUCGCCAAUGGGACCAGGCAGGGCUGUCCCCUUUCCCCCCUCCUCUUUGCAAUUGCACUGGAACCCCUGCUCCAAGCUAUCCGCCUCCACCCCAGCAUUCGGGGAGUGCAGAUAAGACAGGAAGCGUACACAGUGGCAGCGUACGCUGAUGAUGUUCUUCUCACUCUAACAGAUCCCAUAUCCUCUCUACAUGCAAUACUGCACCUCAUAAGCGAAUACUCUACCCUCUCAGGAUACAAAAUCAAUCUAACCAAAUCUACUUUAAUGCCCAUAGCUCUAUCAGACCCACAGUUGCAACUGCUCCACCACUCCUUCCCGGUUCGCGUCACCAAGUCCUUCAUUACCUACCUAGGCACCAAGCUAUCCUCGGACCUUGGAGACACAUACGGAAUCAACUACACGCCACUCCUCAAAACAGCAUACGCAGACCUCCAACGAUGGGACAAACUGGGAAUCUCUUGGAUGGGGCGAAUCACCACAAUCAAAAUGAACCUCCUGCCGAGAUUUCUUUACCUUUUCCAGACACUACCCAUCCCGCUACUAAACUCGGAUUUCAAGCGUCUCCAGACGGCCAUAGACAAAUUCAUAUGGAAAGCCAAGAAACCCAGGAUCCGUAGAACAACAAUGUACGUCCCUAGACUGAGAGGGGGGCUGGGACUACCCAACUUCAAACAUUACUACCAUGCGGCCCAAUUGGCCCAUAUCCAACAAUGGCAUGCCCCCCCGGCAGUAAACGCUGGGUAGACCUAGAACAUGAUAUUCUGGGCUGGGAUCAGCCCUCCUCAUACAUCUGGGUACCACGGAUACACCGCCCACUCCCCCCACCCACCUCUCCGGCAAUCACACAUACCAUCGCACUCUGGGAUAAACUCAAUACUAAAUACGACCUGUCCUCCUUUCUCUCCCCAAUGACCCCGAUCUAUCGUAACAAACUCUUCCCUCCUGGAAUGACAGCAAGGCAUUUUCUAGCGUUCGACCACCGAGAUAUCUCACGACUCGGCCACUUGUACCAGCAAGGUGAAAUCUUUAAAUACAACGAACUCCCAAACGCGGGGGCUCUGACCACAGCUGAUCAUUUUCGCUAUAUACAACUCCGAGACCUAGCGCAACAACCACUAAUCAAACAAGCAGGUACCUCACCGCUGACAGCAUACGAAAAACAAUGCCUAGCGGCCCCCCUGCAACCAGGCCAAAUCUCCGCCAACUACACGACAUUGACCACCCACAUUUCCCAGGUUAACCUAACCUAUAUUGCCGCGUGGGAAAGAGAUCUGGGAGCGCCGGAGGACCCGACCGAUUGGGCCGCCAUAUGGGAAACACUAAAUUCCCUUACCGUAUGCGUCACGCACAAAGAGCAGGCAUACAAAACAAUGCUCCGCUGGUACCUGACUCCACACAGACUCCACAAGAUGGGCCAGAAACCAGACGACGGGUGCUGGAACCUAUGCGGCGAAGCAGGCCGCUACCUACACUGCUGGUGGACAUGCCCCAAAAUCAAACCGCUAUGGGAAGAGGUUAGCACCCUCAUAGAAACGAUCAUAGAGAAACCAGUGGCCGUGCAACCGUGGACCAUGCUACUCAGCAAACCACUAGACUCCCUCACGAGGAGUGAAAACAAACUAACCGCCCGAAUCAAUUUAGCAGCCCGAAGGGCAAUAGCAGAACUAUGGGCUGACCAGAGAACACCCCACAUCUCUACGAUCAUCAGCAAAAUUAAAGAGACCCGUGACCUAGACGAGUUGACAGCACAGAUUAAUGAUACGUACAAAUCAUUCCAUCGUAUAUGGGAUCCCUGGGAUGCGAACCACACCAAAUUGCUGGAGGCCAGCCUAAGAACGGACACCCCGGACUGAGGAUAGCGCCCCCUCAAUGAUACCUCGCACAGAAGGCCUACCACACAGGCGCAAUGCUACUGGAACCCUGAACGGGAUCUGCUCAACAUGGGACGGAAGCCAGAAUGCACCCCCCCUCCCCUUUUUUUUUUCUCCUCUUUCCCCCCAUUCCCUCUCUCUCUCUCCCUUCCUACCCCGACCCUCCCCCCCGCACCCCAUCGGGGCCCUGCAAGCGUGGAUAGAGAGGGCAUCUAUCCCCACAAGGCCCCUUUCUCCAUCCUAAGAAAUGGAGGCACACCACAGUCACCACCGUCUGCCCAGCACAGACUAACACGGCGGGACCCACAUCCUCCCCCGAGACCACCUCCCCCCCCCUCAUUCCGCCCACACACCAUCAACCACGCUCGGGUGCUCCAGAGAGCCCAUAGGGCAACACACCCCCACCACAGCCAAUAGCACUCACAAUGCAAUGACUAGUCAAACGCCGACAACACAAGGCAUCUCUCGAGAGUCCCAUUCCUGGUCCUGUCUCCCCACACGGGACGCAGGGCAGGGAGGGGACUGCCCGUGGAGCAGCAAGACGACCCACGGAGACCACGAGCGCGGGCAUAAACACGCCAAUCGACCACUUCCCACCCCACUAGCCCCGUACCCCUCCUGCCUGCGUACGCCCCGCCAUCGUCACCGCUCCCCCCCAUUCCUCCUAUUCCCUCCCCAGACAAAUAAGACAAAUGCACACAUAGCCACACACACUCAGAACAGGAGGAACAUCUCUCAUACACGUGAAGGUACGAGAAUGCACAUCCCACGAGAUCCCAUAAACUUUAUGCUCAUUGAUAUACAAACGUACUAAUUGCAAAUCUCUGUGGUUUUUGUUGUGUAUGAUGGUACCCCCUCUAAGCCCUCUCUUUGUUCUGUAACCUCACAUAUGUUAUAUAUAAAUAAAGAAUUUAUAAAAAAAAAAAUAUAUAUUCCAUAGAAUAGAAUAUAAGUUUUAACUCUUCAAACAUUGAACCUCUUAGUAAGCUGGCCACCGUGUUUAAUUUCUUUUCUAAUCUAUUUCUUGUUUUCUAUAGAACAAUCGGAACUCAGAACAUUGCUAUAAAAUCCACAUACCACAUUUCCUUUUAUCUUUGUGUGGCAUUAUAUGUAUAUGUUUAAAGUUUUAGGAUAUUUCCUUUUGGUAUAAUAACUGGUUAAUCAUUGAUUUACUUAUGUGGCUUAAGCUAUCUUUGCAGGUAUAGAAUGUAAUACUGAUAUUAAUUUAAGUUUGGUGAAUGCAGACUAUACAAAGAAGUUAUUGUAUCAUGGACAGGAGGAUAUAGGAGAGGCAAUCUAAUGCAUGAACACAGCUCUGUUCAAAAUGUAUCUUUGGAAGAAUGAAGGCAUCUGUCCAAUAAUGGAUCAGUUGGACUGACUAUGCAGUCAAUAUACACAUAGUUAGGUGAAAUUGCCUUUUUGGACACUAUCUUCAAUUCUCAACUACAUGUAGUUACCCAGAAUUCCAGAAGUUUGCAUAACUCGAUAAUUAUGUACUCCCUAAAGUUAUAUAUAUUGUUUAAAUUCUUUGUCAUUGUAGUUUACACAGUUGGUGUUACAGAUCAGCAUUCUUUAUUAUGGUGGCCACCUCGUUAUUUCAGGACAAAUGACCAGCGGUAACCUGAUUUCAUUCGUCAUUUAUGAAUUUCUUCUAGGAGACUGCAUAGAGGUAAGAGAACCUAAAAAUCAAGUCAUCCCACACUAGGGUCAACUUGUUUUAUGGUGUAAAGACUUCAGUUAUGGUAUAAAGAUUGUCUUCAGAGAUGUGUAUCUUCUUUGAUUCUAUUUACCAAAUCUGCAAAUUGUAAGUAGUGGAACUUACUAUGAAAUAAAUAUCAUCAAUAUAAGACCAAAUACAACUUUACUGUAUUCAAUUUCACAUGGGAUUAGAGUCAUAAAAAAGGGUACACAUCUUUCCUGAAGUUUAUUUUUGUUUCUGCUGAUCAAUUGUGCUGGUUCUGAUGAAUGGAAAAUGUGGGAAAACACUAUUUAGUUGAUGAGUUAAUCCUUUCUCGGUCAGCAACAUGUAUACACACAUGGUUUCGAUAUUGCGAUGCAAUAUGACAUUACAUAAAUAUAGUUCCUCUCCAGUUCCACAUUAGUCUUCAACCAGUGGGGAAUCAAAUUACCUCAGCAGGGCUACUCUAAGCUGCAUUGCCUUGCUCUGUACACGAGCCUACGCGACUCAAUCUAUUCUGUUCUUCUUCAUAGCAACUAGGUGAAGAAAAUAACUAGAAAAGUUGUUUAUUAUUUGGCGGGGUCCACGUUGGGCAUAUUUGCAGGCUGGUUAUGACCUUUUUCCUUAAUGAAUUCCAUUUUAAACUUAAUAGUAGAGAGAGAAAAGAUUUUUUAAAAAUGAGAUAAAAACAGCUUCAAGUAUAAAAGCAGUCAAAUACAUAAAUGGAGAAGAGCCUCUCAACUGUAAAACGAUCUAAUCUAGUAUACCAAGUCAUAUGUGUCAUAUUGCACUCCAUGAGGAGGAAAAAGGGAUACCUUUGUAUAGAUGGCUUGAUUUCCGCAACACAGGUGUCAACAAGAAACCAGCGGAGGAACAUUUAUAUCAGAAAUGAUACUGGUAAUGUAUGGGAAUAAUGAAUCUGUUCUGCACUCUAAGAGGGAGAAACACAAACAUAGUCGUAGUGAAACUGUUGUAUCAGUUUUAUACUAGAUUUUUUGUUCAGUAUUGAAACAACUUGAUUGCUUUCAUCGUUGUGACAAUAGUUAAUCAAAUGCUUAUUUUCUGGCUAUAUUUGGUUUAUCUGCUGUUCAUCCAAGUACAUGUUUGAACAAACAUAACUGUGUAAUGCAUAUAUUGAGCACAAAUCUGUAUACUUCUCUAAAUAGUUAGUGAUUACCCCUACUGUAUUAAAACAAGUAAUCAUGUAAAGUACAUUCAGUUUCCUAACAGAGAUGAAGGCAAUGAAAAUAGUUUACCAAAAAAAAAAAAAAGCAGUCAUAUGAUGAUCAAUGGUAUAUGAUAUGGUCAACUCUCCCCCUCUCCUUCCCCCCUCCCCCAUGUUGAUGGACUACAGUUUCCCAGAGACUUAUGGGGGUUGUAGGGUGCAGACAUUGGCACCCAUGCUGUGAAGUGAAAUUUUUUUUAAACUAUUCAUUAAAAUGAAUAAUUACCCCAUAAAGUUAGCCAUGCUUUUAUAAAUCUUCGGUUAAUUAAACUGCUAAUUUAUCAUUGGAAAAUGGCUGUUGGUGAAUAAAAUGUGUAUUUUGUUUCAGUCAGUUGGCUCAGUGUACGGUGGGCUGAUGCAAGGUGUUGGGGCAGCAGAAAAAAUAUUUGAAUUCAUAGAUCGCAAACCGAAAAUGGUUAAUGAUGGCACCCUCGCCCCAGAAAGUUUGGAGGGUAAGGUGGAGUUCAGAAAUGUUACGUUCGCUUAUCCUACCAGGCCUGCAUCACAGGUUUUAAUGGUGAGUAAGACACAGCAUGCUGAAAUGAUUCUGUGCAUUCUACAUGGGAAACUAUGGGCCACAGGGAGAUUGGAAUUUAAUUAUGCUGCGCUAAUUUGGAGUUUGUUCAUUUGUUCCCCAACACAUAUAUAACAACUAAAUUAAUUAGUCAGAGUUUGUCAAAUAUAUUCUUAUAUUCUCUAUUUUCAAAUAACCCUAUCACAGUUAUACCAGUGACAAGGUGCCAAAAUUCCAUUAAUCUGUGUUUCUGUGUUUUGCUUUUCCAGAUAUCUGCAAAUAAUAGCCUUUGGUUCCAUUAGAAGACAAAGAAAUCAGUUUAGAAUAAAAAAUUUUUUUAAAAACAUCUCAUUGCGAUGUUUGCUAUUAGGUUUAAUACAAGUGUUAUUUAUAUAAAUCACAAUGGUCAUAGUAAAGAUCUGGCGUUUAGCCAAUGGAAGAAUGACCUUCAGACUGAGAAUUAAAGUCAUUUAUUUUUCUCUUCUCAUUAAUUGCUCACCUUUUCCAUACACGCAUAGAUAGAAUGUUCGUACUGAAGAUUAUUAUUUGUUCUGCUUCAUACGUUAGAGAACAAUUGUCCAGUGACAGGAUAAUAAUUAACUUCUAUAUUGUUACACCCUGCUCAUAACUGGUAGAACAUCUUGUGGGAAAAUUCUCCGCCAUAAUAUUUUUAUCAUUCAGAAGCCUGAGGUUACUGUGUAUAAUCUGGGAUGUGACGGCUAUUUCUUAGAUUUCAAGCAUCCAACAAAAUAAUCUUUUUGUAGAACAGAACAAGUGCAGAACUUGAAUGCCUUUCUGUUCCAUAUACAAUGAGUCUGCCAGAACAGAAGGUUCUUCUGUUGUAUGUUCUGCAGACAGUUCAUAAAAGAAUCUGGUUUCAAACAAAUAAAACUACUGUAGCUAAGAGGAUUAUAUUUACAUUCGGCCUUGCAAUUGAAGCUGGCUUAUAUUUCAAUGUCAAAUAAGCACGUUAAACUGAUUUGUGUGUUAUUUCCACCAAUUACGACUGAACUAACCCAACCAGGCCAGAGUACAGUUACAUCAUAGGCAAGUGUAUUGUUCUAGAUUAGUGACUGACGUUAACACGAGUUGUAUAAAAUGACAAGAUCCAUCAUAUCGAUAGUUCAGCAGCUCUAUAACAAAGCUUGUUUGUAUUCCUGCAGAAUAUGUCGUUCAGUCUUUAUCCAGGCAAAAUCAAUGCACUGGUUGGUCCAUCGGGUAGUGGGAAAAGCUCCUGUGUGAAUAUUUUGGAGAAUUUCUACUCCAUACAAGAUGGGGAAGUUCUUCUUGAUGGGCAACCAAUUAAAAGUUAUGAUCACAAGUACCUACAUACAAAGGUAGUUAUACAGAACAAACUGUUUGUUUUAUACAUUCCAUCACUAUCACUAGGUAAUGAGAUGCAUGAACCAGGUCAGGCAAAAUCAUUGUAGUUGUGUGCGCUAGGUCUGAUGUACCAUAAUUGUUUGACAUCAUGGAAACUGAAUAUAAUUAUUUAUUUGCACAUAUUCUUUAUUUACAUCCUUGUUAUGUUUAUUGCAUAACUUACAUUUACAUUCAUAAAGAGGAACAGUAAUGUCCCCGUAUGCACAAUGGUAAGACCACAUUUGCUAAUGCUAAUAUCCAUGAGGCAUUUAUUAAUUCACAUUCCAUAUUUAUAUUAUUGUGUACUAGUAUUAAUACUUCAGUUAUAUCUCUGGGGUUUCUUGUAUACAGGUAGUACGCAGUGGCUAUAAAUACUAUAUAUUAUAACUAAUGCUUAUUCUGAUGGAUUUAGUGGCUAAUAUUGCUAGUGAUAUAUUGUCAUGCCUCUGAUGGCUAGGGAUCAUAAUUUAUCUUAUUAAAAAGGAAAAAAUACUUAUUGGGAAAAAAUACUUUUCACCAGUAAAAAAGUGGGUAAGAAAAGAGUGGAAUAAGAUGUUUAUGGUAAAUUAAAGGAACACUACAGUGUUAGGAAUACAAACCUGUAUUCCUAACACUAUAGUUUCCCUGUGCCAUCCCUCUCCAUCAACCCCACCCCCCACCACUUUGACUAUUAGAGGAUUAAUAAACCCUUUAAACACUCACGUAUUUUAUUGCUUCAGUCCCUCAAGAGGGCCCUAAUGCACAUGCGUAUACAUUAGACAUCUCCCAUAGGAAAGCAUUGAAUUAUGAAUGUUGGAUUUGAAGACGUCCAGUGUCGUUUUACGGACAGCAGGAAGAGAGCCACUAGACAGCCACAACUGUUAGACAGUCACUAAACAUAAACAGGUCUGAAACAUUUCUCUGAAACUCCAGUGUUGUAGAUUGCAGGGUUAAGGGGACAGUGCACACAGACCGCUGAGAUGAAGUGGUCUGGGUGCCCAUAGAGUCCAUUUAAGUGUUACUAUCACACUAAUCUAAUACCUUAUGAGUUAAAGUGAAAAUUUUAAUUAAAAAUUGCAUUUUUUUGAUGUAACCCUUAAUAGCGACAUGCUUGUAUGUUAGUGAGGUAAGGCUAUUUUUCUGAAGAGGAAGGAUUAGUUAGUACAUUUUCACAUAACUGGGGUGUUUUAGGCAGUUAGCAAAACAUUUCUGGGCCUUAGAAGUGACAGGGAAAGAGCGCUAAAUAUUUUCUGAGUGUGUACUUAUUUUACGGAACGUUUCUAAUUUGCAUAAUGUUAAGUUAGUUGCUGAAGUCCUUUAUGGUUGAGGAAUAUCUUAUUUUAAUUUCAGUAUUAAAAAGUGCCUAUUUCUAUGACAAAUCUGUACUUUUAUAAUUAAACUCUGAAAAAACUAAUUGACAGCGAGGGAGGUUAGCUACAUCCUUCCGUUGGCUCCUCUGAGCUAACAGACGUGGCAGGCACACUCUAUUUGAGGGUACCUGCCUUCUUGUCCAUUCCUCCUCAAAGACCACAGUCCAGCUUCAUUCAUCUCCUACUGACCAAACGUGUGCGCAAACAGGUGCACACACAGAGGGUACAGUUCAAAGGGGUUAGAGAGGUCUGGCACAGGAGAGGAGACUUUGGGGUUAAACCAUUUGUGAACAGUUUAGCACUUAAAGGUAAGCAAGCAUCUUGGACCUCCUGGCACCACAACAACUUAAUCUUGAUGAAGUUGUUGUGGUUCCCAGAGUGUUCUUAUAAUAACCUUCCAAUACAUAUAUACCAAUAAUGUUCGGUUUUCUUAUGGCAGAUAUCCAUGGUAAGUCAAGAGCCAGUUCUGUUUGCCCGUUCAAUUCAGGAUAACAUUUCUUAUGGUUUGGGGCCGGUUCCUCUGGAGGUAGUUAUAAAUGCAUCCAAAAGGGCCAACGCACACAAUUUUAUAAUAGAACUUCAAGAUGGAUAUAAUACAGGUAACUAGCUCUUUUCACACUUGUUCUGUAUGUCAAUAGACACCAUAUAGACACUGUGCUAUUUCUGCUUUGAUUUCCCAGUAACUUACAUAUUAGUAAGUAAUCAUGUUAGCAUUGUCUAGAAACAUAGGCUUUAAGGCUGCAAGUCCACCUCUACAAAGUUUAUUAGCUGUUUACAUUGUGUUCCCACUUAAAACAUAGAACCCAUGUAAUUUUCUGUACCAAAAUAAACUAUAUAUAUAUAUAUAUAUAUAUAUAUAUAUAUAUUUAUAUACACACACACAUUUCUAAAUUGCUAUUUGUAUGCCUUCGAUUUUUCUGAUUCCAGAAACAGGAGAGAAAGGUGCCCAAUUGUCUGGGGGUCAAAAACAGAGAGUAGCUAUAGCCAGGUCAUUGAUCCGAAACCCCAGGGUACUGAUACUGGACGAAGCUACCAGCGCUCUUGAUGCUGAAAGUGAACAUGCGGUGAGUUUCAUAAAUCUGGGACUUUUUCAAAGACAUUUGAAAAAGUUAUCAAAGUAAAAUGAAAUAUUAUCUGAUAAUGGAAAGUAUUUAGAAAAAGACUAUAUUUUGAUAUACUUUAUAUCACUGCAUGUUUUAUAGAUUUAUAGUGAAAUAAUUCAUUUUGUGAAAUCUCUAAAGAGAUUAUUUAAUAACAGUUUUACUCAUUACAUCAUAUAGUUUGUAAUAAAGUUCUGUAUUAACACAAACAUCAUCCUACAAUUGUUUUUACUCUUCUCGGGUAUCAUCGGCUAUUACAAGGACGGAAAUGAGAUUACCAUUAGCUUGUGUUUUUAUAAUACCACACUAAUGCGAUCUUGUGUGUUGUCAUGUUCCACUCAUUAGUGAAUUCUUAGAUGGAAUGGUAUCGAUCGCAGGAUGAGUUACUGUUCGUUGUCACUAUUCUACAGACAAACAUUUCAAAAAGAAACAAUAAUAUAUGUCUUUGUUUUUCUCACAUCUGAAUACAUAGAUAUAUGCAUUGUUUGUUACUUUACUAAUUUAGAGUAUACCCUGAGAGAUGCUAAUGCCAUUAUGUUUGGCAAAAUGCCAGAAUGAAUUGGAAUGAAUACGUUUAUGGUGUGUUACAGAAAAAUGUAGACUAACAGGGCUAUUUACUGAAGUGUGAAUUGUUGAGACUUUACAGUGAAUUUAAAAUGUUAGCUUAAACUAGGUGAAAAUAACUAAUUUCUGAGGUUUAUUUGGUUGAGUGUGCCUUGGGCUGUGUGAAAUGUGGAGAACUGGCAUAAAAGACAUCUACAGCUCUAUGCAAACAGCAUAAAUAUAUAAACUGAAACCUCAAUUAAGAAGCUGUUUUCUGAACAUUUUCCAUUUGCACGGUGAGCAGAUUGUAUAGAUUGUACCAUCUGGAAGUGCCGUUGUGUCAUAUUUGUCUUGUCAAGUGCAUUUUAAAAAUCUCCGACUUACCUCUUCACUCUGCAAUAUGCAGUUCUGUAUUCUUAAAGUUCCUUUUAAAAUAAACACGUUUCCAAUGUUAUAGAUGUACUGUAUUUUUAAUGAUAGGUAACCUUUCCUUUUAUUUUCAGGAAUUCAUAUCCAUUCAAGUUUCUCAGUAGAGCUAAUUUUGAUGAAAAUGAGGAACUAGUGAUUUAGAAAAAUAAGUGUUUCAUUUAUAAGAACACAUGAUUAAGUAUUGGUGAUUCAUCCCUACAGAUCCAGCAAGCCAUGAAUAGCGAUUUGCAGAACCGCACAGUGCUAAUUAUAGCUCACAGGCUCAGCACUGUGAAGAAAGCACACAACAUCAUUGUUCUGGACCAAGGCAAAGUGGUGCAACAGGGAAGUCAUAAAGAUCUCAUGGAAAAAGGAGGACUGUACUCACAGCUCGUUCAGAGGCAAGACUCUGGCAUAGGACAUUCUAUAAGUUUACCCAUCAACACAGCCAGGAUGGAGCUCUCAAGUGAAGAUUCAGCUGCGGACCUAGGAUUAUCACUUACUGACAUUUGAACAAUUAUAAACUCUCAAAGCAUCAAUGGGAAGAGUAUGUUUGAGACAGGUUUAGUAGCUGAAGAUUUGGGUGAUUUUUCAACUAGAUUUGACCAUACAUAAAUUGCUGUUUAGUAGGUUAAUUUAUUUUGAGACAUUUGUUUCCUGAAAAAAGUGUGAUGAGUUAAUUGCUAAUUUAACAGGGUUAUCAACCAAUGUGUGAAUUUUCAGGGAUGCAAAGCCAAUUCAAAGAUAAUUUAAACCUAUAAACUGAAAACGUAGCUAACGCCAGUUUGAUAAUUGUAACGUAAAAUGAUUUAUUUCGAAUUUCUGACAAUUCACACUUUAGUGAAAAACACUGUAAGCGUUGGAAAAUUUCCCAAUUUAGCUAUUUGUACAGUUAAAUUAUUUUGGCCUACAACAUGCACUUGGGUUGUAAAAUCAUGUCAGUUUAUCACAACUCCCUAUUUAGUAAAUAUGCCCCAGACGUCUUUGGCCAAUGCACUUGGGUUUUAUAAUUUAUUCAUAUAUUACAUUGACCUUGGGCUCCAUAAAAUAAAAAUAGGAGCCAAUGUAUAUAUAUUAAGCUGUAAUAUUAUUUACCGUUUCAGUGAGCGAUAUAUGCAAACACCUACAUUGCACAGGUGAUCAUCCUACAUUGCACAUAUAUUGCUUUGUGGAAUCUGUGGUGGUGCAUUAUGGGAAAGAACUUUCCAGGAAUAAAAGCAUUUAUGUCUGUAUGCAAUUUAGAACUUGAAUCCAACUGACUGUCUAUAGAUUUGGCCAUCCAUGUUAAAGGGACACUAUCAGCAAAAUGUGAAAUGUUAUUUAUUAUUAAGCUAUGGUAAUUUUUAUAUUUUUUAUUUGAUUAAUUGGAACAUACUAUUCACAUAUGGUUCUCUGUUAGCGAAUUUUAUUUAUUUAUUUAUUUCUGGCAUAUGCAGUUUGCAUUUAUGUGUACAUGCUCUUUAUGUUUCAGUAUAUAUUUGCCCCUCCUGAUGCUGUUAUUUACUAAAUUGUCUGUAUUUGUAGUGUAAUUGGCAAAGUAAUUUUUGAAAAUGACUUAUUUUUCAUUUCAGCAUAUAACAUGCCUCCCAACAUUUUAAAUGGACCAAGUUGUAUUCUUAAAGGACCACUCUAGGCACCCAGACCACUUCAGCUUAAUGAAGUAGUCUGGGUGCCAGGUUCAGCUAGAGUUAACCCAUUUUUUUUAUAAACAUAGCAGCCAAUGGGCAACAAGGAUGGCCACUAACCUCCAUUACUUGGUAUAAAGUACCCUGCAUCUUUUUUUCAUUAAAUGGUGAAAGAGCUCUACCCAAUAAAAAUUGAAAUAUAGGCAUUUUUCAGAAUCAAACAAAAUGGUUGUAGGUGAGGUUGAAACAACUUUUAUUUAAUAGUUUGUGGUGCUGUGUAUAAUUAUUGUAUAAUUAUGUUGCUUAUCGUAUACAGUCAUUGUCCGUCUGUAAAAUAAAUCUAACACUAAACUUCUGGUAGUGUCCCCUUAAAGUACAUUCAUGUCAUGGUCACCAAUCCUGUGCAUUUGUUUUUACAAUCUUUAUUUAAUAAAGUAUAAUAAAGAUAAUCAACC